GCAAGGCGCAAAGAAAAUAAUAAUCCAUCUGUUUUCUUCCUUCUGAUUCUGAUCUGAUCUCCUCUCACUCCUAGCCUCCUAGGGGAUCUCUAAUGGGCUCAGCUUCGCGUCAGUAACCACCCCAGACGAACCAUGGCGUCGAGCUUACCAUCUCACCGGGGUCUGGCCUGCCCGACGAAGACGACGAGGUCAGGGAGCUCCUGCUGGACGUGGGCGGGCUGCUCGCCGGGGGCGGAGCAGCUGGGGCGGCGGCGCCGCAGGGAGGCGCCCCCUGCAAGAUACGGGUGCGCGAGCUGAGGCGCCGCGCGGCGGGUGGCCAGGAGAUCCUGCGCGGCGUCGACCUUGACGUGCCGCGCGGCGUGGUGGUGGGCGUCAUCGGGCCCAGCGGCAGCGGCAAGUCCACGCUGCUCCGCGCGCUCAACCGCCUCUGGGAGCCCGCCCCUGGCGCCGUGCUCCUCGACGGCGCCGACAUCUGCGGCCUCGACGUCCGCGCGCUCCGCCGCAGGGUCGGCAUGCUCUUCCAGCAACCCGCCAUGUUCGAAGGGACCGUGGCCUCGAACGUGCGCUACGGGCCGAUGCUGCGUGGCAAGAAGCUCACCGAUGCCGAAGUGCAGAACCUUCUGAGCCUGGCCGACCUGGACCCUGCCAUGUCUGCCAAGCCGGCCACCGAGCUGUCCGUCGGCCAGGCGCAGCGCGUCGCCCUGGCACGCACGCUCGCCAACGAACCCGAGGUGCUUCUGUUGGAUGAACCGACGAGCGCGCUGGACCCCAUCUCCACGCAGAACAUCGAGGACACCAUUGUGCGCCUGAAGAAGACGAGGGGGCUCACCACUGUGAUCGUCUCCCACAGCGUCAAGCAGAUCCAGCGCAUCGCGGACCUGGUGUGCCUUCUCGUCGCCAGCGAGGUCGUGGAGGUGCUUCCACCGUCCGAGCUGCACAGUGCCAAGCAUCCUAUGGCCCGGCGCUUCCUCGAGCUCAGCUAGCUAAAGAUGAUCGACUGAGCGAGUGGAAGAUCCAUGGAAAACAAAUUUGAAUAACACUAGCCUAUCAACCCAUACUCCAACACGGACUAAAUAGAAUUAAUAGACAAAUAAGUUUUAUAGCUAAUAAUUACAAUUAUCUAUUUCAUAUCCUCUUUCAUCUAUUCAAUAUUGUAAUACAUUCUCUAAAUUGCAUGUUUAUCAUUAUCUAUUAGAUUUUAUUUUGCAUCACA